GGAUGGAGGACUCCAGGGCACAGCGCUCAGGACGGGGCCGGCGGGGAUACUGCGCGCUGGCCGCCGCCCUGCUGUGGCCCAUCCUCCUGCCGCUGCGCGUCCAGUCCGCCCCGUCCCUCUCCGCAGCAGGCAUGUUCCUGCGUGGAGCAUGGAGUUACGUGAUGGCCUGCCUGUCCGCGAAGUUCCUCCGGCCUCCUCCGAUUCUGUGGCUGCAAAUCCACAGAGAGGAGCUCCGCAGGCCUGCUGGAGCACAGUGCCGGUGUGUUCCGGAGCCUGGAACCCACCUCCGUGCUCAGGGCUGCUAGCUGCAUUCAGUCUCUUUUCAUAGAUGUGGAAGCCAGCAUAGUUAGGAACUUGUCUAAGGUCACGUGGUAAUAAAUACCGGAACAGGGAUUCAAACCCACAUCUCCAGAGAGAGCUCAGAAGCCUUGUGCUUCCCACCAGUGCAGCUGUUCCCAGAGACUCCGGCCCUGUCUCACCGUCCCAGACUGCCUUGAGGGGCUCUUGCUGGCCCGUCUCUAGUGUGGCCAGAUUCUCUCUGGUCAGUGGCAAGGGAGGACACCAGACAACAAGACUGACAUCAGGGACGAGAACAGACCUGCAGGGCCAGCGAUCCAGGCUCGGGAAAGGCUGGGAGUGGCCCCUGCGUGGCUUUCACCAGACCCGUCGUCAGGGGCUCCAGGCCUCCAAGUGUUGUGCUGCCUCCAAAAUCGACCCUGGGUGAGCUGUGGAGGUGAGAAGGCAGUCUGGAUUUCAGAAACUUACCAAAAUCAGUGAGAAAAUCCCGGAGAAACUGACGUUAUCCUGGGCGGCUGUAGCUGGGGAUGGAGGAUGGGGCAGCUAGGGGCCGGACCUAAGAAGGCUGUUCACACUCUGCUCUUGUCGCUUGCCUCUCACACCUCGUGACACACGCUGCCUGGUCUUGCUCAGGUGCCAGGAUUGCAACGUGGCUGUGCCAGCCAGGGAGAGGGCCCCACCUGCCACUGAUGCCACGUGCCCUCCAUCCUCCUCCUGCAGCCCCGCUGGGCGGGACAGUUGCAUCCAAGGAAAUGGGCCCCUUCCACUGUGAUCUCUUCCAGGGUUUUCGAUGGAAGACCUGCCUGCAGGAGCAGCUUGCGGGGUUGCAGGAUGCAGGAGAGAGUGUGUGGUGCUCUGUGCCUGGGCCCUCUGCUCUGGGGUCACCCUCCUCAUUGACUCAUUGGGAGCCUUCCUGGUGCAGACAGGGCAACCAGGAGCUGCGAAGCCCAGGGAAUGCACACAUGUGCACUGGAGCAGCUGCCCAUUCCGGGAGCCCAAUGGCCACCAAAACCUAGCAGGCUGCACAGUGUCCACUACUGGAAGCAGAGUUAUUAGAAAAGAUAGACCAAACAUAUUUAAUAAACGCAAUAAAUACCUUUUUACAUACAGAAAAAUAUUAUUAGCAAUAAGACCCAAGACAAAGAAACUACAGAAAAGAACCAAGACAAAAUAUGACACAGGAAAAAUGUAAUCAGUGAAUUAAAUACCACAUUAGAUUG